UAUGAUUACAUCGAGAUCUUUGAAGUGUGAACCUCGUGUUGCGGAUAAGGUCGGAAUACCGUGAGAGCGACGGUGAAGUUUUUUGUGAAUACGUCGAAAUUUUAAGGUGACACGGGAAGAUAACGCACAGCUGAGCAGAAAAAUGUCGUGGCUAUUCGGAUCUCGAGGGCAGCAACCGCCCCCGCCGAUGGAGCCGCCGCAGCCGCCACCCGGCAUCUCAUCUGGGGGUGAUGGUGAUGACAAAGCCAGAAAAUCUCAGAUGGAGGCGUACCGGUUUGAUUCCUCAGCUCUGGAAAGAGCCGCACAGGCUGCAAGGGAACUCGAGAAAUCCCGACACGCGAAAGAGGCCCUAGAACUAUCGAAGCUGCAGGAGACGACGCGGCAGCAGGAGUAUGCUUCGAAGCUGAAGGAGUACGAGGCACACAUCGAGCAGAUGAAGGUGGAACAGCAGCGGGUGGCAGCGGAGGAGCGUCGCAAGACACUACAGGAAGAGACGAAGCAGCACCAGGCACGUGCGCAAUACCAGGACCAGCUGGCACGCAAGAGGUACGAGGACCAGCUCCAGCAGCAGCAGCAGGUGAACGAGGAGAACCUGCGCAAGCAGGAGGCGAGUGUGGAGCGGCAGGAGGCGAUGCGGCGCGCCACGCUGGACCGCGAGCUGGAGAUGCGCUCGCAGCUGGAGGCGAAGCGCGCCGAGGCGGAGGCGGCCGCCCGCGCCAAGGCGGAGCGCGAGAACCGCGACAUCGCCCUCGAGCAGAUCCGCCUCAAGGCCGCCGAGAAUCGCACCACCGUCCUGGAGUCCAUCAAGACGGCCGGAGCUGUGAUCGGGAGUGGCGUGCACGCGCUGCUGGAGGACUGGGACAAGGUGCUGGCUGCGGCCGGCGGGCUGUCACUGCUCGCGCUCGGCGUCUACUCCGCCAAGGGUGCCACAGGUGUCGCCGCCCGCUACGUCGAGUCCCGCCUCGGGAAGCCGUCGCUGGUGCGGGAGACGUCGCGGUUCUCCCUGCUGGACACGAUUCGACACCCUGUGGAGAGUGUCAAGAAGAAGAUGGUGCUGCGCAAGGAGGACGCGCUGACGGGGGUGGUACUGGAGCCCAAGCUGGAGGAGCGGCUCAGGGACAUCGCCAUCGCGACAAAGAACACGCGGCGUAACCAGGGUAUGUACCGCAACAUCUUGAUGCACGGUCCUCCGGGAACUGGCAAGACGAUGUUCGCAAAGAGGCUGGCGGCCCACUCGGGCAUGGACUACGCCAUAAUGACGGGUGGUGACGUGGCGCCGAUGGGCCGCGAGGGUGUGACGGCGGUGCACAAGGUGUUCGACUGGUCGCAGCGAUCUACACGCCGUGGACUGCUGCUGUUUGUGGACGAGGCGGACGCGUUCCUGCGUAAGCGCUCGUCGGAGACCAUCAGCGAGGACCUGCGCGCCACGCUCAACGCCUUCCUCUAUCGAACGGGCGAGCAGUCCAACAAGUUCAUGCUGGUGCUAGCUUCCAACACACCUGAGCAGUUUGACUGGGCAGUCAAUGAUCGACUGGACGAGAUGGUGGAGUUCUCGCUACCUGGACCCGAGGAGCGCGAGCGACUCGUCCGGCUCUACUUCGACAAGUUUGUCCUGCAGCCGGCCGCUGAGGGCAAGAGGCGGCUGAAGGUGGCGCAGUUUGACUACGGCAAGCUGUGCUCGGAGAUCGCGCGCGUCACGGAGGGCAUGUCUGGGCGCGAGAUCGCCAAGCUGGGCGUGGCGUGGCAGGCGGCGGCGUACGCCUCGGAGGACGGCGUCCUGACGCGCGACAUGGUGGUCGCCCGUGUCAUCGACGCCGUGCACCAGCACCGCCAGAAGGUGCAGUGGCAGAGCGAGCAAGAGCGGCGCGAGCACAAGUCACUGAUGUACCUGGAGAAGGGCUCGUACCGGCCGGCGGUGCAGGCGCCCCCGGCCCCCGGCUCCGCACCGCCUGCCGCGGAGGACCCCCUGCGCGGCCUGCUGACCCCGCAGGAGGUGGAGCGCAUCCUCCUGGGCGACCGGCCUCGACCCGCCGCGCCGGAGGUCGGCGCCACCUUCGCAGACGCCCCUCGGCCGCCGACGUAGCGAGGAACGGGCGCGAUCUCGCCCGGAGCGGUGCACGGCAGCUGUAGUGUCACGUGCGUGGACGCCACUGCCCGGCUCCGUGGGAUGCAGAAUGGAGCACGUAGUCUGUGAGGCACGUUCCCGACGUAUCGCCUCGACGCUGUAGUGAACUGAGGAAAGACGUCUCGUUCCGAUUCGGAGUUAAGACAGUUGUGUAUCUGUUGUUAUUGUUAUUAAUUUUUUUCACUUGCCACGUGGAUAUAUGUGUACGUAUGUGGUCCGAGUACGUGUAUCGGCACGCAGAUGUACCUGCCGUCCCGCUGCUGCGCGGGCGUUUCCUGUAGUUUCUCAGAACUGAUCCUUCUGCUGUUAUAUUGCAAUUCCUGUAGCGUGCCGUGUUCGUGCGAUUCAUAAAAGUGCUGCAACACU